CUGCAAAAAUUGUACAAAAAACAAGGCAAAGACGGCGAGAAAGCCACUCCAAUCCAAUCCACUCGACAACACUCCAAUCCACGCUCUCCAGCGGCGAGAAAUCGACAGCGCUGUUGACUUCGACUCCGAUCGAAUCGGAAUCAAAUCAUAGCAGACAGUCGAAGGCAGCGCGUCGACACUUAACGCGAUAGUUCCUCCAGCCGCGAUACAAAGAUACAAAGAUACAAAGAUACGCAGCCAAAUUCAACAAAUUCGCCAAACUCGACAAAUUCGCCAAAUUCGACAAAUCGCGAUCGCUAUUAUUAUUAGUUAGUUUUUUUCCGUUUUUUUUUUUCGUUGCAUUCUGGAAGCUUCUUUCCGGCAAAUACACACAAAGAAAAGACUAACAGCGUUACAAAAGCAAAGUGCGUGUCAACCAAGUACGAAUUUUUGUGCGGAAUUCCCAGCCAACGAUUUUUAUGUAAAUGUCGACAGCUGACCGCCCGCUCGACGUCAGCAGGAGCAGCGGAAGCGGUAGCAGGAGCGGCAACAAAACGGCCAGGACCAGGAACCCAGUGGAACCGCAGCCGCAACCGCCGUUCGUGGAUCGACGUCGUCUGAACAGGAACUGGUCGCUGAUCUUACUCGCCAUGGCCAUGUCCCAGUUUGCCCUCUCCGGCGGCGGUUGUGGCGUCUCAGCGGCGCCCAGUCAACUGGCAACCGCGCCUACUGCCAGUCCCCCCAGUCCUCCCAAUCCCUUCAAUCCCCUGAAGCACCUACAGAAGCGUUCCAGAGCGGCCAACUUCCGGCUGACCUUCCAGCAGAAGCUGAAUGCCAGCAGUACGCAUCUGGACUGGGAGAACACCUGCAAUCUGAAGCCCACGGGCCUGAACGAAACCCACAGCAAGGCGAAACGCUGCAAGAAACGCCAAAGGAUCCUGCAGAAUCUACAGAACCAAACGGGCCGCGAGCUGCGGGGCAUCCAGGCCGAGGACAAGGCCAGGAUCACAACCAAUGCGGACAAGCUGGCCACAGUGAGCACCAAGACCCUGGACAUCGUCGAGAAGAACAAGUGGCGAUUCUACAAGGGAAACUACAGAUUCCUGCCCCGUCUGAAUCUCACUAGCAAGCAGUUGAAUCUUCGCCACGCCCAUCGCGACCUGCAGAUUUACGUGGGCGCCUUCACGUACAUGCGCAACAUCAAGCUGCACUGGGACCUGUCCAAUCUGCAGGCGAAGAGCGUACUCUCCGACGAGCUGGGAAGGAUGCGGAAGUCCGCCCGCGAGGUGCUCUGCAGCGUGGAGGAGGCCAUCAACCUGACCAAUCUGCUGUACACACCCAACAGGCCGCGGGCGCCGCAGCCGAGGGGCCAGAAGAAGCGUCGCCAGGCCCAACCGGUGGUCACCUACAAGAUCCUGCCGCGCAAGCUGAUGGAGAAGCGUCUGCAGCAGUUCAACUCGACGCUGGUGCCACUCGUGGAGCUGCACCAGCAGGCGACCUUGGCCGCCCGCGGGGAGGAUGUGCCACCACCGCCCGACGACCUGAUGGUCCUGGAGCAGCACGCCCUCUUCACCAAACUGAAGUUUGUGCAGUAUCUCAAGAGUAUCCGCAAGAUACUCGCGAACCAGCGGAAGAGUCUGUGCAAGGCGACCGCCCACGCGCCGAAGGCGAUCCAGUCGAAACUCUAGAGGAGAGCAGAGAGUAGAAAGUAGAUAGUAGCUAUUGCCAAGAGCUCAGAACCGGCGAAACCUCCAUUCCACACAACGAGGCUCAUUCCAUGAAGACAUCCUUAAUUUAUUAAACAUCCUAUAUUUAUUACUCACGCCACACCAGUCACGAAUCACGAGGAAUCCCCGACAAUCGCAAGGCUAUGAAAAACCGAAUAUGUAAUGUGAACAAUCCAGCACAGAAGUGAAUUUGAGAUAUCCAAACACGAUAGUAAUGUUUCUCCGACAACUUCCUUUUUUUUUUGAUAGCUUUAAGUAUCAUUGUAUUAUUUAUUAUUGCAACUCGCCAACAAUCUGCCGCACAUUCCGCUAGAUACUAAGUAUACUAGAUAUACUUUGCCUUGUAUUACGAUGCUGUGAUAGUAGAUGAUUAAAGGAAACACAACGCUCCGCGACGGCCACAAGCUAUCUCCCCCGACUAUAUUUACACACGGAUAUAUGUACGACUUACUCCUCUAUGUAACUUAGCUUUGAUUAGGAAUUAACAUUUUAGACAUCAAAUACAAACACAAAUAUACAAAUAUACAAAUAC